AUACGCCCCCGCCUCUGAGUCUCUGACCUCCCGCACGGCCGCACCCCGCGCUUGACCCGUCGCGCGCCACGCCACGCCACGCCAGCCACCGCAGCAGCAGCAGCGCGAACGACUAAACCCCACCGGCGCCGUACGUACGUCAAACACCAACCAUCCAUCCCCGUCUCCUCCUCCAUAUAAUCGCAAGCCGCCGCCACCAACGCGAGAUCGAGUUAGCCCGGCCGGCUCCUCGUCUCCCUUCCCGUGUCGCCUCGCCGCGCGCCGCCGCCCGUGUGUACGUACGUUACGUUACUUCCUCGUGCCGUGCGUUGCUGAAUACUAGUAUGACGGUUCGCUCGGAGACGGGCGGCGCGGCCACCACCACCACCGUCGUCGUCGCCGCCGCCGUCGACGCGCCGCCCCCGUGGCGGCUGCGGAGGCAGCGCUCCGUCCCGGCCGCCGUCGUCGCCACCUUCGCCCCCUGCGUCGGCAUCGGCGGUCACCACGCGCCAAGAAGAGUCCUUCGCUUGGGAGGGAAUAAGGCGGCGGCGGCGGCGGCGGUGCACCACCGCCGCGGCGAGGCGGAGGAGGAGGGGGAGUACUUCGAUUCCGGCGGCGGCGUGGGUGUCCUGCGUGCGCUGUGGAGGAGGAUCGUGAGGGGGAGGAGGUGGAAGGUGAUGAGCCGGAGCGGGUCGUCGACGGCGAGGAGGAGGGAGCAGUACGCGCAGGACGAGUACGAGCAGAACUUCGACGAGGGCGCCGCCGCGGCCGGCGGGGAGCCCGAGCCGGAGUACCUCUCGCGCUCCUUCUCCGCCCGCUACGCCGCCGCCGGCGGCGGCCGGCGAUCCGCCGGGCUAGCGCGCUUUGGCGUUUCGCGCGCUAAUUAAUUAUUAAUCGAUGUCGAUGGUUUAAAACUGUCGAUGGCGGGUAAUUCGAACCUCGUUUUGCUUUGCUCUCGAUAUGUAAAUUAAAUUUGUGGAAUGAAUUAUGCUGUCCUAAUCCAUCGAUCGAAAUGAAGAUGAAGAUGAACAGUAUGGACACUGAUGAUACUUUUAAUAUUACUUUUCUGCUUGAAUUAUGUUUUGUUUUCUUUUUUGCCUCAUUCUUUGAUCAAAUCUACUUCAUCUGUUUGACUGUUUGCUCUGAGCAGCAGAUAGUCGAAGAUAGCAAGAAUAAUAUCUCUCAAUUCAAAUAUCCAGAAGAAAAAAAAAAGAUCAUCCAUUGCAAGUUCUGUUCAGGCCUGAUCAUAUACACUUUCAGAUAACCCAUGGCUAUGAUCAAGAGCCGUUUUUAUUUUUCCAGUGCAACCUCUCAAUUCAAGCAACGUGUUCAACAGUGAAAGGCAUAGCGUAGACAGGUAGACUAAUGCCAUUUCUGCCUCGAUUAAUCUUAUAUUAGUCUCCACCACAACAUCAAGAAAAUCUGUGAUAUUAGUAUUUUGGAUGGACGAAAGUCGUAUGUGCUUUUGACUGCUGACAAACAGCCUCAUAUUAUUGGGUGUAGUUGUUCAUUCAGCUGAAUUUUCGUACGGUCAUAUCUGGAGUUGUCAAAUGCUCGCCAGUACUACUUAUCCAUAGUUCCCAAAAGUUUUUUGCAUUGUGGUGAAUAUAUAAUUAGUCCCGGAUUUGGAAGAAUAA